CUACAAACAUAUUGUAUGUUGUGUAAGACAAAUUCGAUUUUUCGUAUUAAUUUUUUUUAUUGAAUAAAAUUUGUAAUGAAGCAUUUACGUAAAGUAAGAAAUAUAGUAAUCAUUUUACUUGCAAUAGUUUACAAUGAAGAGUGUACGAGAAAUAAUUUUCAAAAUAUAGAUGAAAAAUAUUACAUAGUCUCAGAAGCGUACAGAGUGGCUAAAAUCCUAUUUAUCCAAGGUCGCACAAACUACGACAGCUUAAAAAAAGCAUCCCUAUACGUGAUGAACACAUUUUUAGAUCUAGUGCACAUCAUGAAUAAUGAAAUGGCCAAAGAGUUGAGAGGUGCCGUCAUAAAAUUUUAUAAAAUUAAAUAUUUUCACGACUUCACCAAUUACGUGAUAAGUUUAGAAGAGGCGACAGAUUUAAUAGAUCACUGUCUCAUUGACCCUGUCGAGAAAAUAGACAAUAUACGAAAACAGUUUCACGAAGUCAUUAAUAACUUCGAGGAUGUCAGGCAAUUUGACACGGUCAAUAAAUGUAUUGACGAACUUCCAGAUGAAGUUGCAGCUGCUCAUUGUAUCUUGCACCAAGCUGUUCUUUUCAAUGAAACCAUGCAAGAGAGCCUAAUGUCCAUCGUGGAAAUAAAAACUUAUCAGCAUGCGAAAAAGAUGAAUGCAUCCAUCUACGAGGUGCAGACUUGCUUAAACGAUUUAGUACCAUAUUUCUUCGAACAAUUGCUCGUGGAAUCUUAUACAGAUAAAUGUAAAUUUCUGAGAGUGAUAAACUCUUCAAUCGAGGAUCUAUUAAAAGAUAAAUGGCGAAACAAUACAAAUACACAGUUCCCUAAGAAAUGGAGCCCUCUGGUUGGAUUCCUUAAAGAGAAAUCCUUUUCAACGCUAAGGAAUAUACAGCAGUCCUUGUUUGUAACUCUAUUAUCUACAAAUUUAACUUCUUUGGAUAUUCUCAAGACUUUGUACUCCUAAUAAUGUUGUAAACAUAACAAUAUUGAAAUUAUUACGUUAAUCAUAUUAUA